AUGACUUCUCGAUAUCGUACUGUAUUAAGGCCAGUAUUUCACUGGGCUCAUUCAUUUUAUUUCGAACCUACCGUCUUUAUGUUUGACAUGUUUCAGGCGCCAGGAGACGAGGAAAUUUCCCGGGUUGACUCUGUUUGCUUUCAUGUCGGCGUGGAUUCCUUAUUGCACUUGAAAACAGUUCACUUUUCUGGAAGUUGUCUCGACUUCACCUUAUCCGUCUCCUUGAAGUCUACUACAACCGAUUGUUUUAUCUGGACACAAACACAAUCCAAGAUUUCUCGCUACAGACCUCAUCCGGCCAUCUCUGAAGAAUCAGCCUCUUCAGAGGAUUGUCAUCCAGCAGAACUAUCGAAAUUACCGGUGCAGCAUGUCGGUGUAUCCAGCUUACCCGUUAACACCGACGCGGACGAUAUCAUUCCAGAAAAGGAAAGGUGUUAUCAUCGAUGGUCUUCAAUGCCACAAGCUGGCGAACUCGUCUGGAUUCGAUAUGCUGGCAAUGUUAGCUACGGACGCCUUGUGCAUUGCAUGCCCGAACUCAAUAUGUUCACUGUUCGUCCGGAAGAUGGUGGUCUAACUCGGCUGGUUACUCGAGGCCUGGAGGAUAUACUUCCCGUGCGCAGUGAGCAGUCCAUUAUGUCCCCUCCAGCAGACGAUGAAUGGGAAACCACGACGGUUUGUGAACACUCACUUACUCGAACAAGCGAGUAUUGUGAAUCCAUAUCUGCUUAUCCGCGUUCUGCCGAGUCGCUGGCCCCAUUUCAUUCUCCACUAUUUAUUGAUGCUUGCGAAGGAUUUUCGCCUCGUCGAAUGUCAACGGAUGAAGGCACACCUAUGGGUCCUUCUACUUCUUUCACCGGUAUACAUUCUACUUCGCCGGCCUCGUUCACUUUGUCUCCGACUUUGGGACACUCGGAAUCCGGAGACUGUGGUUCACAGCCCCGGUUUGAUGACCUCCCCUCCCAAACUCAACAAAUGAUCUCAUCGAGCUUAUUCACGACUUCAGAGUCGGGUGCACUUAGACAGCCCAGUGAAUCCAGCCGUUCUUAUUGGCGGAUCCCAUCCUCAACCGGCGUUAUUGACGAUUCCACUGUUGGUGCAGACAAAAGCCCUGCCGUCCGAAGGUUCAGUCAGACAGAGCAACCACUGAUUGAUGAAGAUUCUGAACAAUUAAGCAGUUCCGCAGAUCAGUCCUAUUCACUUCAGCUCCCUCACGACACGCCCACACUCACUACAUCCUCCACGAUUGUCGCCUCCGCGAUCGAAGUCUUGCGUCAGUGCAUUGACACUUUUGCUGCUUCAAAUCAACGCUUAUCACCAACGAAAGCCACACAGGAAGCCGCUUUAAGUGCUUUGAACGAGGCUGUGAGGCUCCUACUCAUAAUCACUGAUUACGGUAGUCAGGUUCGUUAUCCGACGUACACACAGUCAAUGAGCAGCUCCCCAGCAUCCCCACCGCCACCAUCGUUGGAUACCAUGAAUGUAUCAUCGCUAUCCACAUCUUCGCCUUGUGACGCAUACCACAUAUCUAACCCGAGCCCCAUGUGUAAGCGCUGUGGCGUGAAUCCCGCUUCCAGACCGUUUUUCUUCUCUGGUCCAUUCGCCGAUGCUCAGGGAGAACCGGGAUGUGAUAUCCUUUCAGAUCUACCACAUGGGGAGCUGCGUUUCUAUCCUGCCACUACUAGUUCCACUCAACUGACACCUGAACAUGAACCAUCUAACAAUCAGCGACGAUCAUCUGCACCGCUGGCUUCCGCAACUGGAUUCACUACGCACACUAUGCCGACCGGCCGGGGACAUAGCGAGACGACUCUCAGUAGAUACUUCAAAGAUUGGAUCACUGAAAGAUAUCCCACUGACAUUACUCAUCCAACCCAAUCUUUGGACACUCGUGCUGAUAGUCCAUUGGAUCCUCAGGUGCCUAUAGCUUUGAGAGCUCUCAAAAGGGUGUGCUUGAGUGCAGAUGAUCCCAUGUGUUUAGAUCUCACCGACCUCCUGCGCAAGUUGACCUCCGUCCUCUUGGCCCUUGCGGAGGAGCCCGUACACUCAGACGCCACAAUGCCGGUCACGACAUCGGUCGGCGAACCAGUGGUUCGCAGGUAUACCUCAGUUGGGACACAGUCCGGCCUUGGAGAUGGUCGGGAGACGCCACAGCUGUUGUCCAAAAUCGGAGUGGCACGUGCGACCGAAAAGUACGCCGACGAUGAACACGAAGGAGCAGCACGGACGCAAAUUAGCAGUGCGAGAUCCUCCGGUGCUCCUAGCAAUCCCCUCACUCACAGUGCAUCCGAGAUCAACAAGUCUGGAUUCAAUCCGCCUGUGGAUCAUAUUUCGAAAACACUCCCGACAAUGGUCCACACCGCGGGGUCUGUGACCCAAAGCGAGAUACAACGUUCAACCGUACCUACUUUAUCUGUUUUCGGUGGCCAGUCCUAUUCCAGUGAUGCUCUGCCUAGUCACUCAUUUGUGAGUCGUGUUGACCCGAGUACCGCGUCACGUAGCAUGCAACCAACGCUGUCUCACACUCGUAUUCACCCAAACCAUAGGAAACAACGCACCAUGUCUGAAACAGCACACUCAACUUCCGGUUUAUCGUUCGUGUCGACAGCGGGCACGGUUCUGGGUAGGUCAGAUGUGAAAAAAUGCCGUAAGGUUUACGGGAUCGAACAUCGUGACCAGUGGUGUAAUCAGUGUCGUUGGAAAAAGGCCUGCCGUCGCUUCCCUGAUGCUUCGCCGAUUGCAGUGACCUCCUCACCUUCAUCCUUCACAUCCACGCCACCUUUGGGGCCGACUGUCAGCACACACACACACUUGGUCCCAUCCGAGGCCACACACACCACUGAAGGUUCAACAGAUACGUCUACUUCACUCCAAUCGGUGGAAGACAAAGCUCCCACUGUCAUCGAGCCGGUUCCAGUUUCCUGUGAAACCGACGUAUCACUAGGGUCGCCAUUUCAGCCGUAGCUGUUUUAUCGGACAGUUACGCAUCCGAGUGAUUUGAGUUUCCCAUGCGAAACUUAUUCCACCUACCGGUGCCGGACCACCCUGAUGUUUCCUCGAACACCUCACUCCGUGCAUCAUUUACUCGCCCCCCCCCGUUUUGCCCAUCGUUCCAAGCGCUUUCAUUGACAGUGAAUUCAUGGCAUUUUUACCACCAGGUAUAACUGUCCACAUUACUUUCUCAUUUUUUUUAUCACGCCAUUAAGUCAUUCGGAUUGUUUUUGUUAUUUUGUGCACCAUGCAGAUUGCUCUUUGUUUUUUGGGCUUAUCAUGAUGAUUUCCGACUCAUCACGCAAUGUCCGAAUUCUCUCAAGGUCAUCUCCCAUUGGACAUUCCAUUGUUGCCCGAAACCUCAUCGUUUUUCUACAGUUUGACAUCCUUUCUAACCGUCUAUUUUCUACACGCCAUCCUUUUCAAUUUCUCUAUCAAUGCCCCUCACCCACCCAACCAACCAUUUUUCGGUGCGUCGCGUGCCUGUGCUUGAAAUCUCUUGUCAUUUAUUAAUCCCGUGUUUUUGUUGGCUCAUCCAUAUUUAAAAUCCCAUGAGAUCCGAGUGUUUUCCACUUCAUACCGAUGAGCAAUGUGAUGUGCCUUUUGUUCGACUGAUAAUGUUCAUGAACCGGGACUUACCUUUCCCACACACGUGUCCAACAUGCAGAUGAUACACGUUACUAUACCAUAGUCUUUCAUUCACCUUUUUCGUCCGUUUCCUACCGGUUUUUGUUUGACUGUUUUGUCUAAGGAGUCCUCGAUCGAUUUUCAAAUACACAAACACACACAUCCAUGGUAUAUUUUCCCGCAGAUUUCUAACAGACGUUUUAAUUUUGUGGUUUCAUGUGCACGCUUCCCAGUCAUGCUGUUUGACUGCGUGAUCAACUCCUUCUAUUGGCUAUGCAUUUCACUCAUUCCCGUCUUGCCUCUUUCUUUGACUAGUUCAUGGGCCACAAUCCAUGCUAGUAUGCUUUCCUAUCCUCUUCGCACCAAGGAGUCUGUCGCUCUCAAUGUUACUGGAUCCCACGCAACUUCUACCGUCAUCCAACCUCCCGGUUUCUCCGCCAGAUCGUCAUCCUUAUCAUGUCAUUUUCUACGCAACUUGUUUUUUCUUUGACCGCCAAGCGCGGUUUGCAAUCCUGCUCAUCCCGUAUCAUCUUGGUUGAUUUUUUGAGGGUGAUUUUUUACAGGCUUUUCUAUGUCCUCGCCAGACUUAUCUCCUGAGCAACUGUGAUAGCUCAACAAGUCUUCCCUCCUUUGUGUUUUUUUUUCUCUACUGCAUUCAUGCAAACUCCCAGAUCGUUUGAAUUGACAGCACUACAUACACGCGCGCGCGCCAGUUCAUCUUGUAGUGUUUUUAGAGCAAAAGAUUUCAUACAGAGUGUCGAAC